UGUGAUUUGUGUUAGAUGAGCGAGCUCAAUGCACAGAUGGCAAGAUGCGAAGUGUUAAUUCUUUGUGUGUCGAUCAUCACUGCUGCACUGGGGCCCCGAAUACAGGGUGGGCCCGUAUCAGUCAGACCAUAUGAUGUUUCCCAUGGACGGAUGGAAAAACAGGAAAAGCAAGAUGCAGAAAAUGUACUUCACACCCAAAGCAAGACUUACCAGUACACCAAGAUAGGCUUUGGUGUCUUCACAUUCAUGUUCCAGUUCUUCACAGAUAAUCUGUUUGCGAACCCGAGACACAACCUUUCUGCAGUCCAACGGGGGGAACAACUUUACAUGGAAAUUCACGUCUCGUCACCUGUUCCUGACAUUAUGUUAUUUGUGGAGUCCUGCAAGGCUACAGCACAUGACGAUCCUUCUGAUCCUGUCUUUUAUUCCAUCAUCCAGGAUGGGUGUAUUAAAGAUCAAACUUUGGUAGCUUACCCAGGACCAGCGAAUGUAUUUAGAUUCUCAGUUGAAGCACCUACAAUUUUUGGAAGCUAUAAGCAAGUGUUCAUUAGCUCCUCGGUUAUCCUGUGUAAGAAAGGGGAUCCAAGGACUCGUUGUGCUGAAGGCUGUACCGUAAACUCUUCCAGAAACCACAGACUUAGGAGUUCUCUGAUGAAUGAGACUCAGCCACACAUCAUCUCUCAGCGUCCUUUUCAAAUGAAGGACGUGACUGUUGACAUCUCGGCCAAUGCAACAGAAGACGCGUCUGGAAGCAAGACCACAGUGAUUGUCAUUUCUGCUUCAGUAACCGGAGGGGUGGGCGGCGUUGUGGGACUCAUAAUAAUAUUAAAAUGCUGCUGCUAGUGAAUUGAACUGCUCAGAUUAAUGUGUUAUGAUAUGCGGCUAUUCUAAGGUAUCUAAAAGUUUGUCACUAAAAUCAAAGUUGAAUGAAAGUGUUCCUAGUAAACGUUUUCUGUA